AUGCCUAAUCAAAUUCAGGAUCUACAUCAAGUCAUUAUGGACGAGGAAAAUAAUCUCAUCUUCGAAAAAAACGUCAGCAUUCCUCUCAAAGGCUCCGAUCUUCCCAUUCGCUGCAACGUUUAUCGGAGUAUCGACUCCGACAACGGCCAGAAGUAUCCUGUACUUGUGACUUAUGGGCCGUACGGGAAGGACAUAUGGUACGGAGAUUUCCAUGCUAAAUCAUACAAGGAGGUCCCAGAGGAACACAAAUCCAAAUACGCGGCUUGGGAGACUCCCGAGCCUACGUAUUGGACCAAACAUGGCUAUGUGAUAGUCCGUGCUGAUGAGAGAGGUUUAGGCCAGUCGCCUGGUCUACUAGAUACUAUGUCUCGCGGUACCAGUGAGUGCUUUUUUGAUGUAGUAGAGUGGGCUGCAUCCCAGUCUUGGUCAUCUGGGAAGGUCGGACUUUUGGGCAUUAGCUAUUAUGCAGGCAGUCAAUGGCGGGUUGCAGCCCGCCGACCGAAAGGGCUAGCUGCGAUCAUCCCUUGGGAAGGCAUGUCUGAUUACUAUCGGGAUCGCUGUCGACAUGGGGGCAUCUUCUCCAACGAAUUCAUUAGCUUCUGGUGGAACCGUCAAGUCAUAACAAACCAGUAUGGACGUCCUGGGCGAGCUGCCAGCAAGUGGGGCGAAGACACAAUCGAAGGAGACUUGACCCAAGAAGAACUUCUCAAGAAUUGCCAGGAUCAGAACAUUGAUAAUGAGCGAAACCGGUUCCGCGAUGACGAGUACUAUGCGUCCAAGGAUUUUAACCUUGAAGACAUCCAAGUUCCCGUUCUCUCUGUUGCAAACUGGGGUGGCAUUCUCCUACACCUGCGUGGAAACGUACAGGGUUAUCUUUGGUCAGGAUCAAAAUAUAAAUUCCUCCGAUUUAUUGCAGGUCGUCAUGAUCUACCGUUCUACUAUCCUGAGGAGGUUGAGGUUCAAAAGAGCUUUCUCAAUGCUUUCUUGAAAGAUCAAGAUGAAGAUGGCUGGAAGACAGGCAAGGUCCCAGCCGUCAGUCUCCGUGUGCGGAAAGGAGAUGUGGGCUUCAACAACCCUACAGGGGAGAAGCAGUUUCCCAUUCGCACGGAAAGUGCUUGGCCAAUUGAGCGGACAGAGUAUACCAAGUACUACUUGGAUUCAGACAACAGCUUGAAGGCUUUGUCGGCAGCUCCCAAGACGAAUGCGACAGUAUCAUACCUAGCUCUUGGAUCCUUGAAGAGCCCUCAAUUGGUACAAUUCACAACACCCGCUUUCGAGACGCAAAAGGAAAUCAUGGGUCACAUUGUGGCCCAUUUGAACAUCACGGUCGAGUCGUCCAAUGCCAAGCCGGACAUUGAUGUCUUCGUUACGCUACGUCACAUCUCACCUACGGGCAACGAAGUGUUUUACACUGGGUCAUCUGGCGACAAUGUCCCCAUAUGCAAGGGGUGGCUCCGAGUGAGUCUCCGGAAGAUUGACGAGCUGCACCCAAAGAAUAAACCAUGGCUGCCUUGGCGUGAAUACUUGUCUACGGACGUCCAGACAGUCGAGAGCGGAGUUGUUUAUCCAGUAGCUAUAGAGCUCUGGCCUACCAAUGUCGUUGUUGAGAAAGGGGGCAAAUUAGUUUUUGAGGUCAGCUCCGGAGAUACACAAGGGUGCGGCAAGUUCCAACACACAAAUUCCGUUGACAGAUCUCCCGCUAUUUUCGAGGGAGUGAACACGAUUCACUUCGGACAUGGCUAUGAAAACUAUGUAGUAUUCCCAAUUAUUCCUUGA